GCCAGGAGGGAUCAGACCAGUGUGAUGGAAACAGUUGCUGUGUCUCAUGGGACAUAAUGGGGACACAUACACACUGACCGGGUGAUAGGAUGGAGCUUUUAGGGGGACAUAGUUCGUCAAUAGAGUCAAUCAAUGAUCAAAAAUCAGUUACCACUCAGUACUUCACCUAAAUGGUGGAAGGAGCUCUGUGAUGACAGAGUCUUUUCUGGGGAAGAGAAGUAGUUCAGUCUUGUGCGGGUUGAUCUUCAGGUGGUGAGCGGACAUCCACUGAGAGAUGUCAGUCAGACAUGCAGAGAUCCGUGCCGCCACCUGAGUGUCCGAGUCGGGGAAGGAGAGAAUUAGUUGGGUGUCGUCGGCAUAGCUGUGAUCGGAAAAACCAUGCGAGUGAAUGACGGAGCCAAGAGAGUUGGUGUAGAUUGAGAAGAGAAGGGGACCCAGGACGGAGCCCUGAGGAACUCCAGUAGUAAGAGGACAAGGUUCCUACACAGAUCCUCUCCAAGUUACCCGGUAGGUGCGACCAUCAAGGGACGAUGAGAGAAGAGAGAGCGCGGAACCUGUGACCCAAGUUCCUGAAGGGCAGAGAUAAGGAUCUGGUGGUUUACUGUGUUGAAUGCUGCAGAAAGGUCCAGAAGGAUGAGGACGGAGGAGAGAGAGGCGGCUCUAGCAGCGUGGAGUUGCUCUGAGACAGCGAGGAGAGCAGUUUCUGUGGAAUGGCCUUGAAGCCUGACUGGUGGGGGUCACGAAGGUUGUUACGGUGGAGAUAGGAGGAGAGUUGGUUAAAGAUGCACGUUCAAUCAUUUUGGACAGAAAGGGAAGAAGGGAUACCGGUCUGUAGUUGUUUUCUUCAGAAGGGUUGAGGGUGGGUUUCUUCAGGAGUGGGUUAACGCCUCCUUCAGAGAGUUGGGGAAACAGCUAGAUAACAGAGCAUUGUUAAUGAGACAGGUGAGGAAUGGAAGAAGAUCUGGGGCGAUAGACUGUAGGAUGUGGGAUGGAAUGGGGUCGAGGGGACAGGUGGUGGGACGGGCAGAGGUUACCAAGGUAAGAACUUUGUUAGAAGACUUUGUUAUGUGCCAUAAGACUUUGAGGCCGCAACUCACCGCUGCAGAUUCAGCAAUGGAAGUUUUGGGCAUGCACCCCUCUGGUUCAUUGCCCUCUACCCCACAGGACCAGGAGAGAAGCUCUGGCGAAGGUUUGAGUUGAACAUCUUUUGGCCUCCUCCAGUCAUUCCCAGUUCACCUGCACUACACGCUUGGGUUUAUAACGCACCACCAGAUAAUGAUCAGAGUGUCCAAAACAUGCAACUUCUAAUUAGAUACGAUUACAUAAUCGAUCAUCAAUCUUCGGCCUAGAGGACUCUUUGAAGCACUUUAACCUUUGAUGCUGUAAUUCAUUUAAUUUCUCUGUUCUGGGACUAAUAAAGGAUUUUCUUAUUUCUUAACAUUCUGGAGAACACAAUUCAUGAGCUAAUAUGAAAACCUUUGGUCAUUGAGUCAUUUCAUCUAAUGCAACCCUCACCCAGGUGUUGAGGGCAAUUGCAUCACUUGAUUAUUAAUAAAGUCCCUCGGGUCAAAGGUCACUUCAGCCUGUCAACACGUUUGUCCCAGAGGCUUCUUCACAUUAGCCACAGUCUCCACUAAUUCCCUCUGAAGCAAAUUAGUCCGAGCGGUGAGACCAAUCAGCCCGAGCAGACCUCACUGGUUGUACGGAGAGCAAUAAUGACCUCAGGCCGCUCUGAGACAAAACACACAUUGGAUAACAACUCUGGAAAAGUUGGAUAUGUGUUGUAACAUUCAGACUCUUAAAAGUGCAGGGAUCCACAAUUGUGUCACAAGAUAUCAGACAAAACCUGUAAAACCUUGUUCCUGUCCCAGAUCAAACAGCUUGUUGAUACAGCUGUGAUCAGCACGUUAACAACUUGCCAGCCAGUUGUGAGCGAGUUGUCCAGCAAGCAGUGAUCUACGAUUGGUGAACAGCGGUUCAGGUGGGCAGUACUUGAUAUAUACUGGGAUUCUGUCAGAAUCUAUAUGGUGAUAUGAAUACUGCCCCUCUCCCAUCAAGCUUGAUCAACUGACUUUUACAAUUUCUAGGUCUAAAUCUGUCUCUUGGAUCCGAUCGUUUUAUUUGACGAGUGUGACUGCCCCUGUCUGUAAUCAGUACCCUUUUGUACCGUUGUUCCUCGAGAGUAGACUGCUUGAUGCAGAGCAUCUGGUCCCAGAACAGGAGGGGUAUCACUAAUAAAAUAAAAUGAAACAUAUUGAAUUGCUUGUUCAAGAGUCUUGACACCCAAUGGCUACCUCCUUGUGGGAGAAUAGUCACUUAGGAGUCCUGGUGGGCAAAUGUGUGGUAGCUCCUGUCGUCAGCGUGUGAAUGGAUGUGAAUAAUGACCAAUAUUGAAACAAGCACUUUGAAUCCAUUGAUCUUCUGAACACAAUAAGACUUUACGUCAUACGGUCCAGGUCUUCUCUUUGGUCCCGACCUUCAACCUUUUCUGUUUGGGUGGAACCACAGUUACAGGUGUGAAACUACAGAUGCUCAAAUCUGACUUUUAUCGGUCUCGAUAAUGAAAUCUGUGCUUUGGGUGUGGUCCUAAACCGAAUAUUGUCAAGCUGUGUUGACACUAUCAGCGACAAAUGGAAGGAAGUAGGGAACGAUGACUUCACUUAUUCCACAACGAUAGGACAUAGGGGACGAGGACGGGGUAGGGUGGAGGGUAUGACCCUUCGGCCACAAGGACAUUAUGAGUACAGGAAGGACGAUGAGAGGGUGAAGCGACAGGUCACGUGAGGUCAUGGAGGUCUUGGGGUUGAGGGAUGGGGUUAAGGUCAGGGAGGAUGAGGUGAAGACGAGGACGUUGUGAGGAAGGGAAGGCAAUGUAAAGAUGAGGAGGUGCUGGGGGCGAGGACGACGAAAAUGUAAGGGUGAGGACAUCUUGAGGUCAGGGAGGACGAUGUAAGUGGGAGGACUUUAUGAGGCCGGGAAGGACAACGUGAAGGCUAGGAACACGUGAGAUCAGGCUGAUGACAGGGCGUAGGUGACAACAACAACAGGAUAAUGAUACUGAUGGGAUUUGACGUGAUCUGAUUGGCUCGUGUGGGACCUGACAAAAUAGGUCCAUCCGGAUAGUUAGGCUCCUUACUUGUAAAAAGAUACAGAGGGACAGCAGCAGUCUGCAGUUGAUGGACAAUGAGUCAUGAGGAUGUCAUCCCAUAUUUUUUCGUCCUUUAAAAAGAAUGUUGAAUUCAACUUCAUCUUACUUUAUUCUUGGAGCUCAUGUGGGGGUUGGCAGUUUGAAGUACUUAUAUUUCCUGUUAACUUUAAUGUUAUACAUUGUCAUAGUCAUCAUCAACAUUGGUGUCAUUGUGGUUAUCUGCAUGAACAGAAGCUUACAUGAACCCAUGUACCUUUUCCUCUGCAGCCUGUUUGUAAAUGAGCUGUUUGGUAGUACAGGGCUGUUUCCAUUCCUCCUGGUUCAGAUCCUCUCAGACAUUCACACUGUUUCUGCUCCACUUUGUUUCCUGCAGAUUUUCUGUUUGUACACUUAUGCAAAUAUAGAGUUUUCUAACUUGGCCGUCAUGUCUUAUGACAGAUAUCUUGCCAUCUGUUGUCCUCUACAAUAUAACACACGUAUGACAUUUAACAAGGUGUGUAUCUAUAUUUUCGUCAUAUGGCUUUAUUCCUUUGUGAGAUGCAUCAUAAAUCUAUCCUUAAGCAUCCGUUUGAAUUUUUGUGGAAACAUCAUUAACAGUCUGAUUUGCAGUAACUACCUUGUUGUUAAGUUGGCGUGUUCUGACACUCAAGUGAACAACAUUUACGGACUUUUUGGUGUGGUUCUCGCUAUUUUAGUCCCCCUGGUUCCAAUCCUUUUCUCCUACAUGAGGAUCCUGAAGGUUUGUUUCUCUGGUUCUAAACAGACCAGACAGAAAGCCGUCAGUACCUGCUCACCUCACCUCGCUUCUCUGCUCAACUUCUCCUUUGGCUGCUGCUUUGAAAUCAUUCAGAGUAGGUUUGAUAUGAGCAGUGUACCGGGAGGGCUGCGUAUCGUCCUCUCUCUGUAUUUUCUCAUCAUACAGCCUCUUUUGAAUCCCAUCAUGUUUGGAUUGCAAAUGUCACAGAUACGAAAUACAUGUAAACAUGUCUGCGUAGCUGGCCGGUAUCCACGCCGCACCCGCAACAGUCAGAAAGCUACAGACAAGUCUGGCGCAAAGUUGGUGCAGAUCUGCAUAGUGACUGCUGCCUGA